AUGGAGACGGUGGAGAAGCUGUUAGCACAGAUCUUCGAGAGGAAGAAUCGGAUUAUUCGACAAGUCAAGCAACAGACAGAUAACUACACUCAACAUCUUGCUUCGAAAUGCUUAGUUGACGGAAUUACCCCUCCUCCUUGGCUUUGCUACGACAAUCAAUCUUCCGAUGUUCCUAAAGAGCUGAACAAAGAAGAUUUAAUUUUUGAAAUAUUAUUGCCACAUCAAAGACCUACAAUCCGCUUUCCAAGUGCUUGUUGCUCUCUCUACAACGAGCCAGUUGCUGCUGCAGGAGAUAAUGGAGAGCUAGUGGAUGGAUUCUUUAGGGAAACUUCUUCCUACAGCAAAUGUUUUGGCAGUGGAGAUAAGCAAGCUACUGCAGCUGGCUGUCUUGAAAAUAACACUGGUUGCACAAUGAACAUGGUAUCUGAGUUAGCAGUUAGCAUUACAUCUCCUCAGGAUGAUGCCGAGGCGAGAAUCUCAAACAUUUGUAGUGCCCCGGAUCAAUCAGUUGCUAGAAUUCAGAGAUCCAAGUCUAGACAAAAGGCUUUGGAGCUUCGCAAUAGCGCAAAAGCAUCAGGCAGGAGCCUUUUAAAUCAGAAAUACGAUACUGUUGGUUCUCCUUCAAGAACUAGACUACCUAUGUUCAGCUCUGAACAGGGUCAGGUUACAGGCUCUGAAGAAUUUGGAGAACCUUGUGUCAUGGCCCGUGAAAGUUGUGGAGAUUGGGAAUCAAAUGAACGAGAUACUGAAAAUAUGAACAAGGAAAAGAGGACCACUUUUUGUACUGGUACGGUAAGAAGAUCAAUAAGCUCUGGCGAACAACCAAGCUCUAUGAAAGACUUAGAUAAUGGUGAUAGUUUUACUUGUAAUUUGCAGAAGAGUGGAAAUUCUCUAAGAAAAGAUCUGCAUGAUUUCCAAAACUGUCCCAAUGUGGUUAAUGUGUCGGUGGGAGUUAUCAACUCUGCUGUCAAUGGUGAAAGUGGUAGCUUCAUUGAAGCAAGGACAGAAGAUCACUUGGAACAUAAGGGAAAAGGCAGUGAUACUCGUGUUGACAGGAUUUCAAGAACAAGUUUUUCUAGCCAAAAGCCUCGUCUUCUGGAUGAGGCUCCAGAAGUGGAUAUCUCUAUGCACCCUGUGAUGGUUGAAGCUGGUAUAUCAGCAAAGCGUAAUCUCAAGUCAGUUCAACAGUUUAAUGAUGCUACUAACUUUCUUGAAUUAAGCCAUAAAAGAACAAGGUCUGGAACUCCUGCAGGUGACAGAGGGAUGCCCAUGCUUCUUGAUACAUUCACUAGUGAUCAUCAUGGAGAUACAAGGUCCAACUCUGGUGCUAUUGAAAAGUCUCAAGCUACAAAAUAUGCAGUCGAAAAUAGCUCAGAUGGUAUACUGCCUCUUCUUGAUAGUCGUGAUGCUAACCAGAUGGGGAACUUUGGAAUUGUUAUUGUUGAUGACCCAGUCAACAACCAAUCUGCAAAUCCCAGAUCAAAUAUAGAUGAUGCUGCCUUAGAAAGUUUACUCACCAACCCCUCUGAUUGUGUGGUGGUUAUGGAACCGAAGCAACUUGUCUUCGAUGACAAAGAAGAGUGUAACUUGAAAGACAAGUUUUGGCCCACCAUGGAAUAUGAAAUCCUGGAAAGAUCACCACAUAAAAAGUUUUAUAAUUCACUACACUCUGCUUCAUCGGUCGAUUACCAAGUAAUUUCUGGUGAUAUGAUUUCUAAUAAGCCGUCAACAAUUCAGCCAGAUGUUACAAAAGAAGAUGAAAUUCGUCAAGGCUUUUCUGAAUCCAACAAUGAGAAUGUUGAUGUACAGAUGAAACAAAAGGAAUCUGAUGAAUAUGAGGAAAUCAGUCUGAACACAAUUGCAGUUGAUUCAGAGAAGAUGCUACAUAUUCCGGGUGUUAAGUAUACAUGUCUGGCUAUGGAGCCAAAUGAGGUAGAGAACCCUUGUUUAGAGAAUCAUGUGAAUAUUUAUGCUGAAGAAGUCUGUGAACCAGAGCUGCAUAAAGAAGGUAACUUCAGUUAUAAGACAAAGGAGAGAAGCCAACGUUCCUCCCACUCUUAUGGAAGCAAACAUUUUAGCAAAUCUGAUCUGUCAUGCCCAGCAACUAAGGCUAUUGGACUGUCAGAAGAUUGUUCAAUCAAGGAAGUGGAAGCCCCUGCUCCAACAGACAUUAUAAUUGAUGCAACGGGACAACAUUGUCCAGGAGAGAAUCUGAAUUUAUCAUCCGCUGGGGCUAAACUCUACUCUGGAAAUUUGAAUAAUGAGUAUGGUAGCCCGAAAGUUUUGGGAAGUUCUAGUCUGGGAGGUAAUGACUUGCUUACACCUGGUUCAGUUGGAUUUCCACUUGAUGACCAUGAGAGUCUUGAUCUCUCAAAAUCAGAGGAACCGAAAAUUGCAAAGAAGUCAGUGGUUCAAAGAGAUCUUAGAUUACUUCAGGUGGCUUCAUGGCCUAAGAGUAAGAGGAGAAAGAUUCAAGAUCAAGAAGCAGAUAGUUUUUCUGCUUCCCCAAGCUUCAGGGUAAAAAAGCAUUAUCCUAGUGACUUGAAUUCCACAAUUAUGAAUCUAAAGAAAGCUGGAGACAAUGUCGUUAGUGUACCAGGGCAUGCAUCUCUAGCGAAUGACAGUACUGAAAAAGAAGUAUACGAGAAGAUGGCCUGCCAAUUGAUUGAAGAGAUAGAGCCUUCACCUAAAGUGCAAAGCGAAAAGAAUGCGUUGAACUCCAAAGGCCACGGUGAACUUACAGAAAUUUCCUCCUCUUCUGCACUUAAACAAUUAGGGGAACCAAUUGCCUCAAAUUCGAUGGAAGAUUCUGCUAGAGCUUCCCAAGGAUGUUUAUUUGAGGAAAUGAAUUUGGCAGGUACAAGUAGUAGUGCAAGGAGAGAAGGUGAUGAAGGGGAUGGCCAAUACUUGCUGCAUCAUGAAGGGGGAGAUAAUUUGGCAUAUAGCGAAGGUUUGACAAUGGAGAGAAGCCUCUUAGAAGGCAAAUCUUAUUUGGGAGACAAAAGCCAACCUUCUUGUGGUUUAGUUUCGUCUUCAACCAAAAAAGACCCGAAUUUGACCCAUCCUGGUGAGAUGCUGCCUGUGCUUGAAAGUUUCAUCAUAGAGCCACAAACAGAGAAUGCAGAUGUGAACAUUUCUCGACGUGAAAUCGACUUUGACAAGUUUGAAUUUUCGAGAACUUCAAUAGAACGUGCUAGCAUCCUGGAACAGAUAUGCAAGUCGACUGUUAUGCAAACACCUCUGACGCAGUUCUCAUCUGCUCUCAAAGUGCAUGGAUCUCAGAAAUUUUGCCACUCUGUACCCAAUGGUCUUCUUGAGUGCAUGGAUCUGAGGAGCAUUUUGUCUUUAAAUGAAGAUGCCCAUAACCAACUUAGGGUCAUUUAUGGGAAUAACUCUGACUGUAAUUUGCAAAAGAUGUCAUAUUCUGAUCGUCUUUCUUAUACGGAAGCUCGAUUUUGUUGGGAUUCCAGAAAUCAUUACAGAUCUCCCGUUGGAAAGCUCUGGGAGAGAAUGUCUCAACAAACUGGCAGCUCAGAGAAGCUAUUGGGUUCAAAUCCAGAGCUUACAUGCUUUCCAAUUGAGGAAGAUCCCAGUACUAGCGAAGAAAAAGAGAAUACAAGUGGCGUAACAGAGAAAAUUCAGGAAGACAAUGGUUUGCUGAAUGAUACUUGUGCAAAAAGAGAAGUUCUUGCUGACAUAACAGAAGCAAAUGCUGCAACAUCAUUCUCUGCAGCAGAGAAGUUUGUAAAUAGAGCUACUGCAGAUUUUGUGAGUACAGAAGUCAGCUUCAAGGGGGUUCAUAAAAAGGUGAAGCCAAAGCUACAGAACUAUAGUAGAAAUAAGAGCGUGGAGAAGGAGAAUGAUGUGUUAUCAAUUGCAAGUAAUGGGAUUAAGAAAGCCAAGGAAUCAACAAGCAGAAAGUUCAGUAAGGCAGAUGCAUUAUCCAAAACCACUUUGAAGACAGAGAGGCAGAAGCUCUCAGAAAAGAAUCCCAAGUACAACAACAUUGUCUCCAAUGUAACUUCUUUUGUUCCCCUGGUCCAACAAAAACAAGCUGCUGCAGUUUGUACAGGAAAGAGAGACGUCAAAGUGAAAGCUCUAGAGGCUGCUGAAGUUGCAAAGCGCCUUGAGCAGAAAAGACAGGAUGAACGGAAGAUGCGGAAAGAAGCGCUGAAACUUGAAAGAGCUAGGAUAGAGCAAGAAAAUUUGAGACAAAUGGAGUUAAACAAUAAAAAGAAAGAUGAAGAAAGAAAGAAACGAGAUGCUGAUAUUAUAGCAAAGAAAAGGUUGAGGGAAGAAGAAAAAAAGGAAAAGGAGAGGAAGAAGAGACAAACUGAAGAAGCACGGCGACUGCAGAAAGAAGAGAUUACAUUGUGCUCUCAGAAGGGUGGGAAAGAUGAUAUAAUGAAGAAAUCAGACAAUCUGUUAAAGAAGAGUCAGAGCAUGGUGCAGGAGAGCAGAUAUGACGUUAUGUUGGAGAAGCCAGACAAUAACAUGAGGCCAGAAGAAUUAACGGUCGAUUUCCAGCAAGCUGCCAUCUGUACUGAAGCAUGUGGUACUUCUGGUGAUUCCUGUCAACAUCAGAAGACAAUGCCCGCUUUGGAUGAGUCUGCAGCAAAGGAAAAUUCAGUUGUCCAGAAAAUUCCAGAGAAAUCAUAUGACAUUUCACCGUAUCAGUGCUCAGACGAUGAAGAUGAAGAAGAAGAAAACAUACCCAACAACAAAUAUAUCCCGUCCUGGGCCAGUAAAAAAUGUGUGGCUUUCGUCCUCCCAAUGCAGCAGAGAAUUGAUCCUGAUGUAAUUUUUCCUUUAGAAAGCUUUUGCACAAUUGAUGAAGUCUAUCCUUCACCAAAAGCUAUAAGAGUCAUGACAAAGAAAGGGCCAAGGUAACAGACAUUCGACGUUGGCUGCUGCUGUUUCUUGUAUUGUUCUUUGAUGCCAACGGAGGACUAAGAACAUCUUCAACUAUCAGGAUUUAGUCUGACUUAAUUUAGACUCCCCUCCUUUUCAUAGAUAAAAUGUAGUAUCAGCAGUUACAUAAUUCCACUAUCCUUACGUAGAUGUGCAAAAAUGCAUGAUGGCCGUCCAAUUUAAUUUACGUGGACGGCACCCCUUUCUUUAGAAAAAAAAAAAACGAAAUUACGUUUAAGAUGUAAUGAAGAGAAGGACAAACGUACAUACACGUUUCAUGUUAAGCCUGA